ACUUCAUUCUUGCAUGUUACCUCUACCUGAAAACAUAUCAUCACAUUCUCAUAAGCUCAUUUGACUGAGACAGGUAUUUAAACCUUUAAUUAAACAUAUCUUAAGAAGCAAAUACGCUGACAGGACAAGGAUGAAUAGUGUUUGGAAAGCAGUGAUUGUCCUGAGUGCCUUCAUCGCAGCAGCUCAAUGCCUGACCUGCCUUCAGUGUCCUAUUGGUGUACUUGGGGCGUGUCUGUUUGGGGAGGAUGUCACAUGUCAAAAUGUGACUGAGAGCUGCUACCGAGGACAAGCAAAAUUCAAUGCAACAGGGGAUCUCACCCUUCACAUCCGUGGCUGCCUGGACUCCGACCUGUGUGGGAGGACGAUAACCAGCAACUUUCUGGGUGUCGGUUUUUCCAGCACUUUUGAGUGUUGCACCACAGACCUCUGUAAUGGAGCCACUUCUGUCCAGCUCUCUCUCACUGUGGCCCUAUGUGCUGCCAUCCUGUCCUCUCUGUGGGGCGUGUGGGAGUUAUAGUUUACAUGAUCGGCUUCUGUUUCCACAGUUCCCUGAAUGGAUCUGUUUACUGUUUGCACUAAUUCUGUUACAAAGUAAUCAGUUUAAAUCAGAGUAUUUCUACAGUCUACAUUAAUAUUUAGCCUACUGUGAUUUGUGCUAUUUGCCAUGUAUUGAAAAGGUAAUUUAAGAUCUGUCAUCACUAAAGAGAAUCAUUGUGAUCUGUUUUUCUGACAUGUCAUCCUCUUAAAAUACAUAUUCAGGGUCAUAGCUAGCACUGAAGACACAAUAUAUACACUACUGUUUAAAAGUUUGGGAAGCUUGACUGGGCUCAGUCAGAUGGAGAAGAGCAAUGCUUUAUAUUUUGAAUGGUCUUUCAUGCUUUCAACUUGUAAAACGCCCUCUUUACAA